GAGGAAAUAAGAAAAAAAAAAAAAAAAAAAAAAAAAAAAAGAAAAAAGGGCGAAAGAGGAAGAGUCAUUUUGAUGUGUAAAAUUGAAGAGGCAAAGCGUAUCUCAACAUUGUCGGCGGCAGACGGAACGCGUUUAUCUUUUUGUGACUGGAAAACGUCCAGCGUUCGUUGAAAAGCUCGAGUGGGACGAUAUUUCGUUAUAGUUCAGCGUGGGCGAUUUAAAAGUUACUGUUUCUUCGAUGGUUUUGUGUCGUCAGAUAGAUAGAUAGAUAGAUAGAUAGAUAGAUAGAUAUAGAGAGAAAGAGAGAAGAGACAUAAACAAGUGUGUAAAAAAAUAGAAAAAUAAAAAUGAGAUGACAGAGUGAAGAGAGAGAGAAAGAGAGAGAGAGAGAGAGAGAGAGAAAGAGAAAGAGAGAGAGAGAGAGAGAGAUAGAGAAGAGGAUAGCUAUCAGAGAGAAAGAGGACGUCAUGGCAUAAAGAGGGACGACUAGUCCACGAAUUUGUGUUUUGGCAUCGAACUCGGCGGGACCCACGUUCGUUUGGUUGGAAAUCCGCGCACGGUUAGGAUUAGUCAGUAAGUUUCGUUCGCUCAUCGGAUGAGACGCGCACUGUUCUGCCGCUUAACUGCCAAACGUUAUUGUCGUCGUCGUCGUCGUCGUCAUUGUAUAAUUUAACUGCGUUUCGUUCAUAAAACAAAAUUUCUAUGCUCGAUGAAGAAACGGUAGUUGUCUAUCACAUCUGCCGGAAAUCUAUAAUCGAUUUUCUUUAGGACGUUUCCGUAAUCAUCAUCAUCAUCAUCAUCAUCAUCAUCUCAAACGCAACCCGUUUUCGUAUGACGUCUUUGUCGCGCUAUUUGUGUUCGUUUUAUUGUACAACGGGAAACGUCAAAAUGUGUAUCUACUUGCAGAGAUUGAAUUAUACGAGAUCAUUAUUGAAUCCUCAUACCAAUCGGUAAAAUCAUCGAUUAAUAGUUUAGAUCUUCUUUCUUAUAUCAGCGUUCGUUGAAGUUUGUUGCGUGAGUCUAAUCCGAUCACUAUUACAAUCCCGACCCCGAAACCCCACCAUCCCACCUCUCCGACGGAUCUACUAACUCAAUUUCUUUGUAAAUUAGUAUCCUUUGAUCUUUUCGGACGGGUCAUAAAGUUUCUUCUCGGCCGUUUAGUUUUCGAUUAAUAGUACGGGGUGAAUGACCGUGGAAAUGAAACGCGAGCUUUAUUUAACGAUUAAUGAUUUGGACGUCGUCAAUGAUGAUCGUUGGAAAAGGGCAGAGUGUUCUUUAUCAUUGGCGAAAUCGGAGGAUUCUAGAGAUUAAAAAUCGAACGUGAUUAUUGAACAAUUUUUUCAAGAAAUCGGCUUUUUCGAAUAGUGUGCGUGCAUGUGUACGUACGUACGUACAAUAAAAGAGAAAAGUGAGAAUGAUAGACACUGUUACAGAAUUGUACUAUCUUUUACGCGUGUCCAGAAUAAGAAGCGAUGGCCUCGUCUUUAGACUACAUGCGCUAACAACGAUCUUGAUGCUGCUAUUUUCCGUAAUUAUUAGCAGCAAGCAAACUGUGGGAAAUCCAAUAGAGUGCGUACAUACGAGAGACAUUCCUGUAGAGGCCUUCAAUGCGUACUGUUGGAUACACAGUACGUAUAUCGUGAGCGGUGGUGCUAUGCUUGGUGUCGCAGGGGCAAACGUUGCGUAUCCUGGUGUUGCCUCGUCUUUCGGCAUUUUACAAAGACGUUAUCAGGACGAGGAGGAUCAUCGUCAUGUCAACGAUCAAACAAAAAGAGUCAAGUAUUAUCAGUGGGUUGCCUUCGUGCUUAUCUUUCAGAAAAAGUAAAAAGGAUAGUUUUCAAACACGAUAUACAAAUGAUCAUCGUUUCGGCGUAAACGAACUGAUAUGGAUCUAUCUGAUUGACUUGUGUUUAAAAAAGAAAGGGGAAAAAAAAGAGAGAGAAAAAAAAAAGAGAGAAACGACGACAUAACAUCUUGUGAGAAACGAUUGACGCGUAGGUGUAACGUCGUCGACAUUCAACCAGUGGGGGAAAAAAAUUGAUUAUUUACCUUUUUCUAUAAGCGAACCGUUUCUGUGUUGUAUAUUCAACAAGGGAAAAGCGGAUAUAUAGGAUGUGCUUAGAAAAACAUAUCUCAUUUCUUCGUGUUAUACUCACGAACAUAAGUUUAACGUACCAGAAGACUCGUUUGUCGAAGACUCUGUCUGUUGUGUGUGUGUUUCUUUUUUUUCACAUAUAUUAUUUUUUAUUUUUUUUUUUAUUUAUUUAUUUAUUUAUUUCUUUUUUUUUUUUCAUUUUUCUUUUCCUUUAAUAAAGGCCACGUACGUGCGUAUAAAAGACAUCGCGAACUCGAAUGUAACGACGAAGCGUAUUAAAAGCAUUUCGGAGAAUCAACGUGGCUUAAACGCUCGACCAUUUAUAAUUCGGUUGCAGUCAAUUUCAGAAUAUCUCAUCUUGUAUUUGCGUAUUGCCAGAGAGAUAGCAGAUUUAUUGGAUUCAACGAGAAGAUGGAUAUCGUCAUAAUCGUGUCAUAAUAUCGGCCUGUAAUUUAUUAGAAACGGAGUCGCGUGAGGCUCACGUACGCGUAUGUCAAUAAUCCGAAGCCAUUAAAGCUGUUCAAAAGUGAUCGGCAGAUGGUUAGAGAACGAUUAUGCAAUGGUUCUAAGUUACAGCGACGUUUCCACCCCCUCCCUCCCUCCCUCCCUCUCUCUCUCUCUCUCUCUCUCUCUCUCUCUCUCUCUCGUCUAUAAGCACGAAAGAGGGAAGACCAGAUUUUUGAGUCGGACCAGACUCUUCUUAAGCAGCAUAAGCCUCGCCAUGUGAUUUAUCUAUGUGAUUCGAUAGACGCGACGAGGGUACUUGAAGAAGCUCUUUUAACUAAAUCAGAACUAUUCACCGAUGGAAUCACGACUUUACCAUAUGAAAUUCUAGAUAUUUGAUUAAUAUAUAUAUAUAUAUAUCAAUCAUUAGUAGAAAAAAUAUAGCCGAAGGAUAAUUUCGUCACGAUAAAAAAAUUAUAUAACAUUGAACAAUAUUGAAAUUAUACUUUGAUAAGUAACGAAUCUAAAUGGUGACGAUAAAAUGAUCGUAUUCGAAUGAAAUCGAAUCGUAAAAUACGAAACGUUCCUUUUUGGACGACACGUAACUCCUGCACGAUUCUAUUUAAGUCCGUCUAUUUCGUAUGAAAUUAGUAAGUACGCGAAUAAAAGCAAAAUAUUUAUUUACAUAUCGCCGGCACCGAACGAGAAAGCACUUAUCUCCGAGGAGUUAUAACGUGUCUUACGCGUUGAUUCGUCGAAGCAUCCAAGUGCAUGCAUCCGCUUUUUGCUUCUCUCUCUCUCUCUCUCUCUCUCUCUCUCUCUUUCGCGUCUCUGUCUCUCUGGGGUUUUUUUUUUUGCAUUAAGAAUUUCGUUGGUAAAAUGUAACAACAUAGAAAAAGCAAAUUCUCUUAUGUUCUUUGGAUAUUUCGAGCGAGCUCCUUUUUUUCUUUUUUUUUUUUUUUUUUCGUCGACCUUCGUAUCUCUUGAUUUAAUCAACGGAAAAAGAAAAGAAACAGAGUAAAAGAGAGUGAGAGAGAGAGAGAGAGAGAGAGAGAGAGAGAGAGAGAGAGAGAGAGAGAGAAAGAGAGAGAGAGAGAAGACAAAUUGUGAGGUUCCGUUUCACAGGAAAUCGAGUAAGUUUUAUAAGAUAUGAGCGACGGAAAUGAGAGCGUCGUAACGUUACAUCUUUACAAUAUUUUUCCCUUUUUUAUUGCUAUAAUAUAACCAAUGGUAGCUUCGUCGAAGGUAGACGAGAUUUAUAUCAUCGAGAUCGCGAGGUUCCCGCGAAUCGGUGUAUUCGUAGAGAGAAGACAGUAUCCAGUUACGUUUAAAAAGUAUCUCUUCUCUUCGAUCAGCUGCUUGAUAUAACUGAUUUACUGUCUGUUACAUGGAGAAAAAAAAAGAAAAAAAAAAAAAAGAAAAAAAAAAGGAAGAAAAAAGAAAAGAACGAAAGACGAUCCAUAAUGAUCUUUACUAUUCACGAAGAUACUUUCAGGAUCAAACUCUGUCGUAUUUUCUUUUUCUUUUUCUUUUUCUUUUUUUUUCCAAAUGAAUUAGCCCGGAGAGUGUGAUAUUACACAUAAAUACGCAGUCAUCACGAUCUAUUUCUUCGUGGGAAGCAUAAGAAGUAGUAGUAAUAGUAGUAGAGGAAGAAGAAGUAGAAGAAAAAGAAGUAGUAGUAGUAGUAGAAGAAGAAGAAGAAGAAGAAGAGGAAGAGGAAGAAGAAAAAAAGAAAAAGAGGAAUAAACAAGGAAACGAUACUAGAUAAACGUUUGAUAUUUCAUCGUACAUCUCAUCGUUAUAAUAAUACAUUAUAAGAAUUUAAAAUUGACCAUUAUUAUGUCGAUACGAAUGUAGAGAUAUUUCAUUGUUAAAAGUUAUACAUUUGUAUUAAUUUGUAAGUAUAAUAUUAGUUAAGUUAUCGUUAAAAAAAAAAAAAAAAAAAAAUGGCGGAUAACCAGUUGGACAUCUCGGAUGGAUUUUUAUCCAGAAAUUUUCUUCUCUUGGAGAAAGAGGAGAAAGAAAAAGAUGACGAGACGAGUGAGGACGAUCGAGAAUCGUGAAAUUUAGAAAGAUUCAAAAAGAGAGAGAGAGAGAGAGAGAGAAAGAGAAUUUAGCCAAAGUCUCGAGGACGGUUGUUCGCAAACGAGCGAGCGAGCGAGCAAGUAAGCAAGCAAGCAAGCGUGCGUUUGGACGUUGCGCUUACACGCUUACACACCGCGAGAGGACGGUUCGGGUUCGGGUGUUUCUAUUCCUGGAGCGCGCUGACUCCUCGUUCGGCUCCUACGGGAGGUACCGUGCCGUGCCCUGGCCGUUUUCUCGAGUCUAACGUAGACGAGCGUGGCGUGUGGAAGCAGCCGUUUGCUGAACGUUUCCGCUAACAUUUUUUUAUUUACGAUACGAUACAA